AUGAACGUCGAACUCCAAGCAAAGCUUUGCGGGUCGAUCCCAACCCGUAGCUCCUUUAUGGAUUUCAUUAAUGGAGGCAAGCCUGUGUACAGCACUUGGACGAGCAGUCCAUCAAAACCGGAUAUUGGGUCUCAUUCUUCCAUUCAGCCCACUACACCUGAGGUCGAGACUCCCAAAGAUAAGGCUGGAGUUCUGGACACUUCACUCUUCCACGCCGAAGCCUCCUCUAUCGAGAACAACAUCCAGUACGGCACUGCAGAGCCUACUACUCCUGACUAUACUUUUGUUCUUGGCACUGAAGAAGAGUCUGUCACAAGCCAGUCUCCUAGUGAGCCCCCAACGACCGACAGCACUACCGAUGAUCAUACCAUCACCCACCCUGAUUUUCACGAUGUCACUAUCCCUCAAAUUGUCGUUACGGCGCCCACCACUCGUGAGUCCGGUUUCGCUGAGGCCGAUGUUGAUGGUUUCGAGUUUUCCGAUAGUGGCGAGGAGUUCGAAUUUUACGAUGAAUUCGACGAGGGCACCAAUGGAUUCCAAACCCAAUAUCCCACCCCGGAACCUUAUGUCACCAAAGAAAUGGCCGCUCUGGCUACAACCACUGACAUUGAAAGUGCCGAAUUGUGGGUCACAGGUAUUGACACUGAUCCUGCCACCCAAACCCAAGCUGUCGUCGAUUAUUCUGUAUCAACAGAAACUAGCGAGAGCGUUUCUAAUGAGAGCGGAAGGCCUUUGAGUUGCUUUGAUAAGAGCGGAGAUCUCUACCUACAGGUUGGACAGAACCCAGGACGAAUUAUGCUUAUUGAUUCACGAGCCCUCAGCCGUGUGUCUCCCAGACUCAAGGAGAUCGUUUCCCUUAACCAGAAAGACGCCGAAGAUGGCAGCGACUGGACUAUCCAGCUACCAGAUGACGAUCCUGCCCCUUUCACUGUCCUUAUGAAUUUGAUUCAUACACGUUUCGAGAAGGUGCCCGCCAAGGUAUCACUCAAGAAGCUGUACGGUGCUUGCAUUCUAACCAGCAAGUAUGAGAUGACACAGGUCCUACGACCUGUGGCUGAGCGCUGGUUCAAGGCCUUGAGUACCUCCACGGAGGACUAUGGACUAUUUUUCAAGAAGGCAUAUAUUGCAUGGGAGUUGGGUUUCUCGGAGGAGCUCAGCGAGAUGAUGGGACACGUCGUGCUCAACUGUUCGUUGGAUUGGAGCGAUCAGCUCGUUAUCGGAGAGAGCAAGGAACGACUUUGCAACUUUGAAGGAUUGCAACGAAUUCCUAUUCUUGACUGCAUCACCGAACACCGCGAGCUCGCUCUGGAGACUUGCUGGUAUAAGAGCCAGAAGCUGGGCGAACAAGUCCUGUAUAGCUCUGUCAAGGGACGGAUGUGCGGCGCUUCCCACAGCCGAGACGAAAUGUGUCUGAUGCUGGGCAAGAUGCUAAGCAAGGCUGGCGAAGAAGGAAUACUCGACCUUUUCCAUUUUGGGGGCAGCCUCGACGUAUUUCGGUCCUCGGACCUAGAUCUGAAGACCCUUGAGCACAAGAUUAGUCUCGUGGCUGAUCACAUCGACUUGUGUGGAUGGUGCCCUGCCGUACUCGAGACGGUCGAGGAAGUUAGGCAACAACUUCGAAGGGCAGCCGAUCCCCUCUACUUAAGCCAUCUUCGGGCUUUGCAAAUCCAGGCUGCCAAGGUUAGAAUGAUUCCUGGGGUCUCGGAUGACGACGACGACGAUGAGGAGGAAUGA